AUGGCGCUGCCCGCGUACGCGUGGCCUGCGCCCGGACUGCGCCCGAGCAACAUGCGUAGCAUUGCGAAGCCGAUGGCGCUGCAGGCGCGGGGCGUGCACUUUGAUACCAAUGCGUUUGUCCAGCGCCUCGAGAACGCGGGCAUCAAGCGCGAGCAGGCCGACGUGCUCGUCACCGCGCUGAUCGAUGUUAUCAAUGAGAGUAUCGAGAACUUUGCGCGGGGCCUCGUGCGCCGCGAUGAGGCCGACCGCCAGACCUAUGCCCAAAAAGUCGACUUUACCAAGCUCAAGUCCGAGAUCCAGCUGCUGGAGCGGAGCGACUUUGUGUUGAUGAAGUCGGAGAACGAGCGGCUGAUGGCCGAUGUCGAGAAGCUCAAGCAGCGCCUGCGCGAGGAGAUUACGAGGACGACGGCAGGCGUGCGCCUCGACUUGAACCUCGAAAAGGGCCGCAUCCGCGACGAGUCGUCGGUGCACGCGCUCAAGAUCAAGGAGGUCGAUACACGCAUCGAGUCCGAGAUCGCGGGGGUGCGUACGAGCAUCCAGAGCGCCAAGUUCAAUGUGCUUCAGUACCUUGUCGGUGUCGCUACCGGUGCGGGUGCGCUGCUCCUUGCGUACUUGCGUAUGUUCCGUUGA